AUAAUGGCAUAGAUUUAUAACUAACCUAGAUGCCUAGUCUGUACAUCCCUAGUGAAGCCAUUUCGAGUACGACAUUAUGUCGCCCUCGUGUCAUCGUAUCCGAACGGCCCUCGCAGUACUCAAGGUCGAGUUGGUUUGUGUACACCUCCCGGUUAUAAAUUAAAAAAUACAAGAGAGAUGGUUGUUUGUGCGGUGAAUUGGUGUCACAACACAUCAGUGAAUAAAAACAAACCGCCUGAUAUAACAUUUCAUGCGUAAGUAUCCAGUUUAAUGUGAUAUUUUUACGUAAUUGUAAAUACAAAAAUCCAAAUUUUCGUCAGCCGCCAUUACUUAUAAAUGUUGCCAGGUGAUAUGAAUCUUUUUUCCUCCAAAUGAGGCAUGACGAUUACAUUGAUAAAAUUAAUAUGCUUACUUUAAGUUCCUUGUAUGACUAUAAAAAAUAUUCUUUUUUAGUUUUUCAUUCUUUUAUUUCAAAUUAUGUUUUGUCUUUUAUAAAAUUACAGUUUAAAUUCAUAUUUUUAUUUUGUGUGAUAUUCGUUUUAGAUUUCCGACUGAUCCGCUUCUGUCUGCGAGAUGGACGGAAAAAAUUAGAUUAAAUAGGAACGAUGCAAUAUGGAAACCGACUAAACAUAGUCGAAUAUGCUCUCGCCAUUUUGAUGAGCAAGUAAAGUAAAUUUUAUUUGUGGAACACAGGUGUUACAGUUAAGGUCUGUAAAAACGAAACGCAACUGUCACUGUCGCACUUAUAUGGAAGAUUGAUAGAGAGACACAAAGCGUUUCGUUGUUCGAAGCAAUAGCGAUUGCCACCUUGGCUAGGCCUGCAGGUACAAUUACUAGUACUGACGAUAAAUAGUUAUUUGUUUUACAAGUGGAAAAGUUGUUGUUUAACCGCUCGUGCUAAUAUUGCUACUCGAGCUAAAUAAAGAUCCAAAAUGUCGAAAAAUUGAAUCUUGAGCGUUGCGAGGGUUUCAAGUUACGAGAGUUAAACAAAUUUUGCCCCAAGUGAAACACAAAACUUUUCACCACACUAACCCGAAGAAAAUAUUAGUCAAAUAAAAUCAAACCAAAUCAAAUCCAAAUGAUCGUCAUUAAAUAUUUAUCAUUUAAAAUCAUUAUUCCAAAGUCAAUUCUACCAGCUAUUAUCUGUGCACAUUUGUAAAAUAAAAAAAAUAAACGUUUUUUUAUUUAAACAUUAUUUCACAAAGUACAGAAAUGCAAAGUCCUUAAAAGAAACCUUGAAAGCUUUUGCUACAAAUUUAAUAUCUACAUACACACUCCCAAAUGAUUGAUAGCCAAGUAUAAGGAUGUGGUUAAAAUCCAUCUACUUUAAGGGGAAUAAAUGAACUCUGGCAACCCGUUUUUGUAUAUAUGUGUGUGUCGCUGAGCGUAAGACACGAGCGUCGCACGCACACAUCGAUCGAGUUUCGGCUUCACUUUUGGCAGAUUAGCUUUAUGAGGAGUAACUGUCUAUGUGUGAUAGGUCAGUGCAUAAUGGCAUGGCAAAUCCUAAGCCUAACUUCUUAGCCAUUUAGCCUGUCCAGAAGGGCGAAUAUUUUUUUUUUAUAUAAAUAGUGGAAAAUCAUCGUAGGUUUGAUGGAGGCCAUAUUGUAAAUUGUAAAAGAAGAAGCGAUGGAGUCAUCAGCUUUCAAGAGCAUAAAAAGUGUUUGUGCGAAGGCUGAGCCCUGUGAGAAUGUGUGUAUAGCAGAUGAGCCCACGGUCGAGGGAGUGUCUGUGAAAGUUGAGAGUUUUAUGGAUGAUGUGUGUUUAGUAGACGAGCCCAGGUGCGAGAGUUCAUUUAUAAAACCCGAGUCUUCAUGCUCAGAUGUGUGUGUAAAAGACGAGUCACUCGGCCAGAGCGCGGCGGCGGGGUUGUACACCGACCAUGUCGUGAAAGAUGAGCUCGUGCUCGGCCCCGUGCUAGUGGAGCGGCGCAGCGUCCGCCACGCACCAACAGUUUCAGCUUUCAACCAGCCGAUAGAAGUGAAGCAGUCAUGCGAGAUUGUCAGUGGGAGGCCCCUUCUCAGGGACUGCUGUGUGAAGCUGGAGCGUCUUGUUGUGGACACCCUGCCCACUAGCACUCGGAGCACAGACCAGAACAGCAGGAGACAAGGCCGUGAAGCUGAUGUAGAGUGUGGAUACAGGAACACCACAGUUGAGAAUGUUAAAGGAAACUAUGAUGAGCAAACUCCGCAGAUGAAACCAAGUGGUAGACCUGAAAUAUACCAAUGUGCUCACUGUAAAUAUGCAGCAGCUAGACAAGUAUGGUUAAUCAGGCAUUUGAGAAAACAUAUUAAUGCGAAACCAUACAUAUCUGACCAGUGUAGUUAUACUAGUGCCCGAAAAGGACAUUUGCUAGCUCAUGUAAGAAAACACACUGGCGACAAGCCUUACAAAUAUGACCAGUGUAGUUAUGCUAGCAGGUAUAAACAUAGUUUGAAAGUUCAUGUAAGGAGACACAGUGACGACAAGCUUUACAAAUGUGACCAUUGUAGUUAUGCUAGCAGCCAAAAACAUAAUUUGAUAGUUCAUGUAAGAAAACACACAGGUGACAAGCCUUACAAAUGUGACCAGUGUAGUUAUACUAGUGCCCGAAAAGAUCAUUUGCUAGUUCAUGUAAGAAAACACACUGGCGACAAGCCUUACAAAUGUGACCAGUGUAGUUAUACUAGUGGCCAAAAAAAUAAGUUGAUAGUUCAUGUAAGAAAACACACAGGUGACAAGCCUUACAUAUGUGACCAGUGUAGUUAUGCUAGCAGCCUUAAAUAUAAUUUGAUAGUUCAUGUGAGAAAACACACUGGCGUCAAGCCUUACAAAUGUAACCAGUGUAGUUAUGCUAGCAGCCAAAAAAAUAAUUUGAUAGUUCAUGUAAGAAAACACACAGGUGACAAGCCUUACAAAUGUGACCAGUGUAGUUAUGCUAGCACCCAUAAACAUAAUUUGAUAGUUCAUGUGAGAAAACACACUGGUGUCAAGCAUUACAAAUGUGACCAGUGUAGUUAUGCUGGCUGUAGAAACUUAUUGAAGCUUCAUCUAAGAAAACACACUGAUGACAAGCUUUACAAAUGUGACCAGUGUAGUUAUACUAGUGCCCAAAAAGGACAUUUGAUAGUUCAUGUAAGAAAACACACCGGCGACAAGCCUUACAAAUGUGACCAGUGUAGUUAUGCUAGCGGCUAUAGAAAUGCAUUGACGCUUCAUCUAAGAAAACACACUGGUGACAAGCCUUACAAAUGUGACCAGUGUAGUUAUACUAGCAGUCAAAAACAUAAUUUGAUGGCUCAUGUGAGAAAACACACUGGUGUCAAGCCUUACAAAUGUGACCAGUGUAGUUAUGCUAGCAGGUAUAAACAUAGUUUGAAAGUUCAUGUAAGGACUCACAGUGACGACAAGCCUUACAAAUGUGACCAUUGUAGUUAUGCUAGCAGCCAAAAACAUAAUUUGAUAGGUCAUAUGGGAAAACACACUGGUGUCAAGCCUUACAAAUGUGACCAGUGUAGUUAUGCUAGCAGCCGAAAACAUAAUUUGAUAGUUCAUGUAAGAAGACACACAGGUGACAAGCCUUACAAAUGUGACCAGUGUAGUUAUGCUAGCACCCAUAAACAUAAUUUGAUAGUUCAUGUGAGAAAACACACUGGUGUCAAGCAUUACAAAUGUGACCAGUGUAGUUUUGCUGGCUGUAGAAAAUUAUUGAAGCUUCAUCUAAGAAAACACACUGGUGACAAGCUUUACAAAUGUGACCAGUGUAGUUAUACUAGCAGCCGAAAACAUAAUUUGAUAGUCCAUGUAAGAAAACACACUGGUGACAAGCCUUACAAAUGUGACUGGUGCAGUUAUACUAGCAGCUAUAAAGGUUCUUUCAAUACCCAUGUAAGAAAACACACCGGUAAAAAGCCUUGCAAAGAAUCGUUUACUAGAUAUUGAACGACAGCGUAAAAUACAAUACAAAUUUGCUUCCCAUCAAGAUUAUUAAAAAAAACUGCACCUACUUAAUUUUUCUGGUUUAACCCAUUGGUUGACUGGCAGAGAAUGCCUUAACGGAUUAAGUCCGCCAUUUGUACCUUCAUGUAUUGUGCAAUAAAGAUUAAAUAAACAAAUAAAUUAUUUAGUUAGA